AUGUCAUGCAGGUAUUUCCUCCACGGUGUGUGCAGAGAGGGAAGUCGCUGUCUGUUCUCUCACGACCCGACCAACAGUAAACCCUCCACCAUCUGCAAGUUUUACCAGCGAGGAGUGUGUGCCUACGGAGAGCGCUGCAGGUAUGACCACAUCAAAUCUUCAUCCAGAGGAGGAGGGGGAGGAGUUUCAGAGAAUCACGCAGGUGUUGGAGGGACAAGAGGUGGGGCUUCAGUCAGAGGUGGAGUAAGGAAGACGGUGGUCCUCAGAGACAGAGUCCUGGGUGUGGACAGUAUGUUUGGGUGUCCAGCAGACAGUUUGGGGUCAGAGGUCACGGGGGCGACGGCAGCAGCUCCUCAGUCGUACGUGGACGCCAUCAGGACAGGUCUGGACGCCUCAGCCAAGGAACAAGCCUCUCCUCCUGUGGGCGGGGCUUACCAGGACGUCCUCCAGCUGUGUCCCUACGCCGCCGCUGGACACUGUUAUUAUGAAGAAAACUGUACAUAUCUCCAUGGCGACCGGUGCGAGGUGUGCGGACUGCAGGUGCUCCACCCGCACGACCCCGAACAGAGAAGAGCGCAUGAGAAGAUGUGUCUGCUGGCGUUUGAGGCUGACAUGGAAAAGGCAUUUGCAGCUCAGCUCAGUCAGGAUAAGGUGUGCUCCAUCUGUAUGGAGGUGGUGGUGCAGAAGGUGAACCCGUCGGACCGAAGGUUUGGCAUUCUGUCCUCCUGCUGUCACACCUUUUGUCUGGCCUGCAUCCGUCAGUGGCGCUGCACUCGAAACUUCAGCAACAAGAUCAUCAAGUAAGACUCUGUUCAUGUUGGACGGAGUCUAGGGGGGUAUUCCAGAAAGGAGGUUCAUCAAACGCUGAGUCUAACCCUAAAACUUAGUAUUCGGUUCUGGUUCAGCCGAUCUGAAUCCGUCCAAUCAGCUCUGAGCGUGUUCACUCUGAGUUCGGCGCGUGCACGACCUCGAUAAAAAGCCAUCAUCAACAGAGCCCCGAUACCUCGAUUCACCGCGGCGACUGCCGACAAACAGAAACCGAGCUCCUCGAGCCCGUCGGAGCUCGAGGUCCUCGUGCUGCCGACGGAGAACACGA